CAUCAGACGUGAGGAAAUCUGCACCAGACCCGGAUCAAAGUCGCUGUUCCCUCGUCUCCCCUCCGGAUCAAAGUCGCUGUUCCCCCGUCUCCCCUCCGGAUCAAGCUCGCUGUUCGCCCGUCUCCCCUCCGGAUCAAAGCCGCUGUUCCUCCGUCUCCCCUCCGGAUCUCUGCUGGUUGACCGGGGAGAGGCAGGGCAGUGACCGCAGGCAGGCGGCAGUGACAGCUGGGUUCCUCCUGGACGCUGCGGGGGGGCUCGCAGGGUUUCCAGCCUCGGUUAGCCUGACGGUGAAGCCGUAAACAGCGUGUGACAGGCGGCAGUUGUGGCCAUGCCACAGCCCGGGUGACCGCGGGGACUCGUUUGUAGCAGAUGAGCUGAAGCGGUGGGAACAGUGUGAGCGGUGGUCCAGGACUCCUUAUGGCUCUGUAUGAUGAGAACAUCCUGAGUAACCCGUUCUACCUGGCUCUGGAGAAGCAGAGGCCCGACCUGUGCGGCCACGUGGCGCAGCUCCACGGCAUCGUUCUGGUUCCCUGCUGUGGAAGUUUGACCCUCAGCACCUACUCGGAUUCACACUUCGAUCAAUAUGUUCUCCAUCCGGAGGAAGACGGAUACAAGACCGCCGACGGAAAGGAGGUCCGGAUCCAGGACAGGCAGGUCCUGCUGGGAUCCGGCUUCCCGACCCCGGCCUCCAUUCCCAUCCUGUUCGAGGAGACCUUCUACAACGACCAGGAGCAGAGCUACAGCAUCCUGUGCCUGUCCCGGCCCGUGGAGACGGAGGCCGGCCCGGUCCAGGCCCGGUCCGAGGCCGAGCCGCCGCCCCCCUACUGCCUGAAGAGCCUGGACGACGUUCGGGACUUCCUGGGGGGACACGCUCACAAACUGGACAAGUUGAUCCAGGGCUUCUGCCAGACCUUCAGAGAGCAGGAGAGGAAGGGACUCCGGCACCACAUCGACUCGGUGAACGGCCUCUACACUCGCUGUCUGCAGUGCCUGCUGCGGGACUCCCGUCUGAAGCUCCUGUCCAAGCAGGGCGUCCAGAUGACGCUCCUCAAGCAGGCGGUGGAGAUUUACGUUCUUCACGGCGUCCACGCUCUCAUCUUCAACUUGGUGGGGACGCUGGAGGCCAGUCAGGACGCCGCCUUCAACAAGACCAGCCGCGGUCUGCAGGAGCUGCAGCAGAAGCACCUGGGAGUCAAACCGGAGUUCAGCAUCAACCUGCCUCGGGCCAAGAGGGAGCUGAGCCAGCUGAACCAGCAGACGUCCCCGCUGCUCAAGCUGCUGUGUCUGCGCCGGGUGGCCCUGACCGCCACGCAGACCGCCGUCAAGACCGCCACGCAGACCGCCGCCCAGACGCCCCGACGCACAGUGGGGAUCGAAGCUGUGAGUGCAGACGACCUCCUCUCCGUCGUCCUCUACCUGCUGGUGAAGACUGAAAUCCCCAACUGGAUGGCGAACCUGAGCUACAUCAGGAACUUCUGCUUCAGCCGCUCCAGUAAAGACGAGCUCAGCUACUGUCUCAGCACGUUUGAAGCCGCCGUGGAGUACAUCAACCUGGGGAAGCUGCGGGACGCACACUCUGACUCUGGAGAGCUGAGCGACAAGGCUCUGUUCAAGGAGAGGCUGAGCCUGCUGGCCCAGAGCGCCGCCACGCCCAUCCACUGUCUGUUUGAGCACAUAGCAAAUGGAAACGAAGCGGAGGUUCAGCGCCUGCUGAGUGAAGGAGAAGCUGAUGAAGACGUCAGGAUGUGUCACCCCCUCUGCUCCUGUGACCUCUGUGACCUGCAGCUGUCAGGGCGUCUGAACGACCCGUCCGUCGUCACGCCGCUGUCCCGAGACGACCGCGGCUACACGCCGCUGCACGUGGCGGCCGUCUGUGGUCAGGCUCAGCUCAUCGACCUGCUCAUACAGAAGGGAGCCUCUGUGAACGCCACGGACUACCACGCCCUCACACCGCUGCACCUGGCCUGCCAGCGAGGGUACCAGGGAGUCACGCUGCUGCUGCUGCAUUACAAAGCCAACACCGACGCUCAGGACAACAACGGGAACACGGCGCUGCACCUGGCCUGCAUGUACGGACACGAAGACUGUGUGAAGGCGCUGGUGUACUACGACCUGCAGACGUGCCGUCUGGACCUGCAGAACGAUAAGGGCGACACGGCGCUGCACAUGGCGGCCCGCUGGGGCUACGAGGGCAUCAUCCAGGUGCUGCUGGAGAACGGGGCGGGGACGCACUUCCUCAACAAGAGCAAGGAGUCGCCGCUGCAGUGUGCGCUCAACUCCAAGAUCCUGGCGCUGCUGCAGUCCAAUCAGAACGGCCGGCAGCGCAGCAGCAGCAGGCGGGAGUCCCCGGGCCACUCUCCGCUGGCGUCGGACUGCAGCAGCCGCCGCUCGUCCGUCUCCAGCACGUCUUCGCUGGGCUCCGAGGCCAGACCGGAGGAGCGGGUCCGGCACCGCGAGGUGGAGAAGCUGCUGCGGGCGGUGGCUGACGGUGACGUGGAGAUGGUGCGCUACCUGCUGGAGUGGAUGGACGAGGAGGAGGAGGAGGAUGAAGGGGCGGUGCGGGCCGAGGCGUCCCUCUGCCAUCCUCUGUGUCAGUGUGCUCACUGCGCCCCGGCUCAGAAGCUGUCGGUGCUGCAGGCCGGCGUCCUCGGGGUCAACAGCUCCAACGUGGACGGCUUCACGCCGCUGCACGUGGCGGCGCUGCACGGACACGCCGCGCUCAGCGCCCUGCUGGUGCGGCACGGGGCCAACGUCAACGCCCGCACCAGCCAGAGCGCCACGCCGCUCCACCUGGCCAGCCAGAACAGCCACGUGCAGGUGCUGAGGUUUCUUCUGGAGUGUAACGCCAAGCUGAACAAGAAGGACCAGUACGGGAACACGCCGCUGAUGCACGCCUGUCUCCGUGGCAACCUGGAGGCCGCCAGCAUCCUGCUGCAGAGCGACGCGCUGCUCAACGUGGCCAACCUGCAGGGCAACACGGCGCUGCACGAGGCCGUGCGGCGCGGCCACCAGCCGCUGGUGGAGCUGCUGCUGAGGGGCGGGGCCUCGGCCGGCGUGCGCAACAAGAGGCAGCGGACUCCGCUGGACUGCGCCUACGAGCUGGGAGGCAAGAACACGGAGAUCCUGAGAGCGCUGCAGAAGGCGUCCGGCCUGUCUCCCGAGGACCAGCCCAUCCGCCUGCUGUCCGUGCCCAAAGGGGCUCUGGCUCAUUCCUUCGUCCAGCGUCUCAAGUUACAGGAUCAGUCCAACGGCAGGAAGCACAAGCUGGCUCAGUCCGCCAGCAGGGUGCAGCAGAUGAAGAGGGGUUCCUCCGGUGCUGCUCCUCCUCCGCUCGCUCAGGCGGAGGCCGACAGGCGGCGGCUGAGGAGGGGGGAGACGGUGGAGGGGGGGGGCGGGGACGGGGCGGGGCCUCGGCUCAGAGAGCGCCCGCUGACCCGCUGCCACACCCUGGACCCCCCGCCGUCCACACACACCCGUCCACUCCUCACUCACACACACACCGACGGCAGCGACGGCUCCGCCUGCAGCAGCGACGCCUCCCCCUCCCCCUCCCCCUCCCCCCCCUCACACACACACGACCAACACACACUCCCGCAGACUGAGGCCACAGCCAGAGACGACCAGGACGACGUUAACGGCGCGGCCGCCGGACACCAACACACACAGACACACACACACUCUGAAAGCCAAGGUGACGACACACUCCAGCCUUUACACCGACCGGAAGACAACACACACUCCACCUGAUGGCCGUCCUCCCCACACACACACACACAGACACACACACACACACUCGGCCUGGUGGCGCGGUCAGAUGUGCUAGCGCUAGCGCUCGCAGCGUUUGGCUCCGGGGUUCGAACCGUGCUCCGCUCUGACUCGUCCUCAAGUUCAACCUGUUCUCCUCUGGUUCCAGGGUUUUGAAGCCUUUAGCACAUUUUCACACGGUUAGCUUUGAUGCUAAUGCUACUUUGCGAGCCUGCCUGAAACCCUUUAGCCACAGGCAGCUAGCCUUCACGGCGGCGUCUUUCCAGGUGUUGAGGAACAUCUGUCAGUCGGUAUCAUAUAAAGUACUGUACAGUGCGGCCACUAGUGGACAAGUUGGGAAACUCGGUCAGUGAAAACAGCUGUUUGCUGUUCCUGAUUGGUUGGCUGUGCGGGCCCGUGUUGACCCGCGGGCCUCAUGUUGGACACCCCCGAUGUGUUUCCCAGCGGAGUUUAAAGCACUUUGUUGUUGCCGUGGAACGGGAUGCAGACUGUGGAGUGUCUGUGUCUUCUACUCGAGGACUACCUGCUAGCUAGCUUUUGUUCUAGUAUUAAGAAUGGAUGAGUGAUUCUGUUUUCGUCUUUAAUUUCCUGUGUUGAUGCUUUUAUUGUGAUUUCAAUUUGUGCAUUCAGAAGGUUUGAGCUUCUGAAUGUCGCAGAUUUGACUCUUUCUUUUUUUUUUUUUUUUUUAAGUAAAGGCUAUGCAAACAUCAGCGGGUGGCUCGCAUCGUCUUCGUCAGUGAUGAACUCCAGCUGUCACUUUCACUGCUGCUUAGCUACAGAACGGGCCUCUGCAACCCCGCGGCGCCAAGGAAGCCUCCAGAAAACCCCGUUUUCGCCUCCGCUCGGCUCACGGCUCGGCCUGAGUUCACGAAGCCGACGGUGGUCCGAACCCCGUAGAUUUACAGUGUGUCAACUGCCAAGAACUGCCAGAGAAAAACGCUUUAAACUGCCAGGGAAGAAGAAACACUCAACAGUUUGAGAGAGCAGCAAGCUGAUAAACACCUGAAAGCUGAAACGGUGAAACGUUGAGCUGUAAUGAGUGGAACAGCUGCCAAUAUCAGAGAGCUGAAAGAGCUUCAAAAAAUCUGAAAUGGCUCAAACUACUAAAAAAAAUUGUUUAAACAGCUCAAAUAGCUCAUCUGACAGAAAUCUCAAAAAAAAAAAAAAAAAAAAAAAGUGAGAGCUUCAAAGACUAAGAGCAAAAACUGCUGAAAUACCUUAAAAAA